AACCUUCGCUUUAGGGCAGCCACAGUUCUACAUAAAUAUGACUGAAUCAAGUACUGACAAAGGCCAUAAAGUUAUUGAUCAAUUAAAGUCAAUGUCUGGAAUACCCAACUUGUCAUUGUUCUUAUUAGAGGCAAGAACUUAUGAAGAACUCCACAAUUAUAUUUUUUGUGAAGAAUCUCACCGGAUUCAGCUCCUAAAAAUAUUAUUCGCGCAAGUGGACGAUAAGCUGGAAUCUAUGUUGAAUUCUACCUCGAAAAGAGAGUCUGAGAUACUGGACACUUUAAAAAACUUGUGUGUCUCAUACGGGUUCACUAAUCGAGAAAACUCAAGACCUUUCAUUAUUGGUAAAAUGUCUCUUGAAAACCAAUGUUCGAUUUGGGAGAUGAUUAUUGAAGGAAUCAAGUCGAUCAUGAAUUACGAGAACGUUUCAAAUGAACUGGAAAAUGAUAUCGUGAAAGUGAACAUGUUCUUUAAAAAUCCACUUCUGAAUGAAUUUCUAAGUUUCUUUCCCAGAGAAACUGGUCAGGAGCAACAACCCAACCAUUGUAACUCCGCCACCCUUGAUUGUCAUAUACAAAAUACCAAAUUGAAACUUGAACAUUACAAGGACCUGGAACUAUCAAGUACUGAAGAUGAACAAAGUGCACUUGAAUACAAUGUUCCAUCGCUUCUGAUGCAACAAAAUCUACUGGAUUCUAUCCAGAAAUGGGAAAUUGGAUUUCAAAGUAAUCUAGAAAACAAUCUGAAUAACACAUCGCAGGAUAAGGCUGCUAUCGAACUAUCGAACAAACAAAAUGAUGUACGAAUUUCCCAAAGCAUCAAAACUCUUCGAUCUUUUUGUUCCAGGAUUGAAAAGAAUUUGGAAAAUCAAAAGGUAGUAACAGAGCUUGCAGAUCGAGUUAUUAGAUCGUAACCGAUGGUGAGAAGAGUCAAUCUUGAUUCCAUUGCGAAAUUGAUUUUUAUAAGUUAUUAUCUUUGAAUGUAUAAUUUUGAAAAUAAUAAUACCUUUCCAAACA